UUAUUUUCAGAAAUAUAAAUAAAUUGGUGUAAUUAAAACGGAUUGGACUGAAUUAUAUUGUGUAUUACUUUAGUCUAUGUGAUUUGGUGAUGUUGUGCUUGUGAGAUUGUGUUUUUAUUGAUAAUAUCGUAUAUGCGUUGUUUGUCUGGCAUGUACAUAUAUCGGAAUUUCCUAAAUAGAAUAGGCAUUUCAUGUCGAGAACGCGUAUAAAAAUAACAUUGAAGUAUCCCGAAAGAACAAGCUUUCGCCUGCGCCAUGAUUUUUGUGAUUUCCAGGAGGAUAUGCUUGCACAACUUGUUGUUUUUAGCUGGUAUUAUCGGCAUAGCAUUGGCAGCACCUCCAACAGAUGAGAACCUUCCUCCCAGACCUAAAGAAGGUGGUGUGUCCACACGGUUCUGUGAAUUUUACAAUGACACCAAACCGCCAUGUGACCCAUCAACGGACUCAUCUUGCACACCAGUUGCUCCCACUGUAGAAGAAUGCCAACCAACCGAAACAGACAAAAGCAGCCACUGCUUCGUUCUAUGGCAAUAUGACAACAUCACUAACACCGCCUACCCCAAGUUCAAAGGAUGUUUCCUUGACACAGUCUCCUGUACCGACCGAAGUCACCUCUGUAGACUGCACAACACCAAACUCCCGCUACUCCAUUGCUGCUGUGAAGGUGACAUGUGUAAUCAAAACGCUACAUUCCCUGGCCUGGAAGUAGUCAUGUCACAAACUGAUGCUCCACCUGAGAAAAUACCAGCAUCACCAGUACCAGAUCCUGAGGAUGACACGAAAGCUGUCAUUGCAUACACAUUGACACCACUAUUCUUGCUGUUUGCCAUACUAGUAGCAUGCUACUUCUUGUAUAGACGGCGUAAGGGCAGCUCAUUUGCUGAGCUCGCUAAUGGUGAAGCUUCAUUAUCCAGACCACCCUCUGCAGGUGGUGGCAUGGAGAAUGAAAGUGGGGGAUUGGUUGGACAGGUGUCAUUGUGUGAAGUUCGGGCCCGUGGACGUUUUGGUGCAGUCUGGAGAGCGAAGCUAGGUCCCCUUGAUGUGGCAGUGAAAGUGUUUCCAUUGCAAGACAAACAGUCAUGGUCGGCUGAACAAGAAAUAUACCGACUGGCACGCAUGGAUCAUCCUGAUAUACUUCACUUCAUUGGUGUUGACAAGAAAGGGGAUAAUCUUCAGGCUGAAUAUUGGCUCAUUACUGCAUUCCAUGAGAAGGGCUCACUUUGUGAUUACUUGAAAGCCCACACGCUCACAUGGGCGGAAGCCUGGCGUGUGGCUGUGUGCGUGGCGCGCGGGCUGUCUCACUUGCACGAGGAAGGCGGCGGGAAACCGGCCGUGGCUCACCGGGACUUUAAAUCCAAGAAUGUUCUUCUUAAAUCUGACAUGAGCGCUUGCAUAGCUGACUUUGGCUUGGCUCUUGUCUUUGUGGCCGGGAGGGGCUGUGGAGACGCACAUGGACAAGUUGGCACGAGAAGAUACAUGGCCCCUGAGGUCUUGGAUGGUGCAAUCAACUUCACAAAAGACGCAUUCUUGAGGAUAGACAUGUAUGCAUGCGCCCUUGUUCUGUGGGAGAUUGCGUCAAGAUGCAAAGAUGGCGGCGCGGACGGCUCGUCGCAGUACCGGCUGCCUCUCGAAGAGGAGGUGGGCUCGCACCCGACCCUUGAGGAGAUGCAAGAGGCAGUAGUGCAGAGGAAACUGCGCCCGCACAUACAGCCGCACUGGCGGGACCACCCGGGUCUAUCCGUCCUAUGCGACACGAUGGAAGAGUGCUGGGACCACGACGCCGAAGCCCGGCUAUCGGCGUCGUGCGUCGUAGAGCGGGUGACCGCCACGCGGCCGUCGCGUCGGAGCCCCGACACCGCGCCGCUGCUCAUCCACGACCUCGCCGCGCAGCCCUGCUGACCGGCCGCCGACCUGCCGCUCAUCGAGCUGUAGGGAUGGGACGGUACGUAGAUCUUUAGGUUACGUGAUACCCGCGUAGAUUGUUUUAUGUUUGUAUCAUCUGCGCAGAGACAACCCUAUAUUGUCAUUUACCCAGAGAUAAAAUAUUGUUACAUGUCAUCCGCUCAGAGAAUCCUUUUUUAAAUGUCACCCGCGCAGAGACAAACCUAUGUUCAUGUCAUCCGCGCAGAGAUAUCCCCAUUUGCAAGAUGUUUGCGCAGAGACAACCCUAAUUUGUAUGUGUCACCCGCGCAAAGACAAUCUUACUUUAAAUGUCAUCCGCGCAGAGAUCCUAAGUUGCACAUCUCCCACGCAGACGCAACCCUAUGUUGCAUGUCAUCCGCGCAAAGACUACCUUAUGUUGCAUUUCAUCAGAGAACUUCAAUUCCCAUAAUUAAAUCUAUAUUUAUUCGAGCCAAACCUAUCCUCUUUUAAAAUAAUACGACAAUAAACCAACACUCAUUUCUCGCGCAAAUGCUUCCACGAGCGGGUCUUCUGUAGUUUCCUAUUGUAUGUCUACGUGUUGAGCAUUUUUGGGGAUUUUUAUCUUAACUUCUAGCAAAAUCCGUGAUGGGUAAUAAUUUCUAAAAAUUAAGCUUUUUAAAACAAUUUCACCCUCAAUAUCGAUAAAUAACUCUGAAAUAGACAUGUCUGCAAGAGUUAGUUUAGUUCACGCACUACUGAAUAUAUGAAAUGAAACGCCCAAUAUUAUUAGAGAGAGGAAUAAAUGAGGCACUCUUUUUGUAAAGUAUAAUAUCACGCAAACUAUAGCCGAGCUUUUUCAUAUCUAACCUUGAUUGAUGAACGAUUUAAAGCAAAUAUAUCGUGUUCGAACAUUAUUAAGCGAUAAAUCCAUCUACACUCGGCAUCAAAUAAAUCGCACCUCCCUGAACAAGCACUUUUCAAACGUAUGCAUCCCCACUUCCCACCAACAUUGGUUCCAUUUGAAAGCCUAGUUCUAAUCUUCAUUUGCUUAGAGGAAACGUUUUUACCCCAAAAAUGUGUCUUUAGAAGGAUCCAGAGUCACUUCUUCAAAAAAUAGGUAGUUACGCUUGAACCAACUUUUAUGGUUAUAAAACUGUUAAGUUGGGAUUAAUCGCUAUGCAUCUGUUAAAGAGGACACGUGUGAUCAUUAUUUGGUUUUAUAACCAUAAAAUUUGGUCUAAUUGAUCCCAGAGGUGAGCCCAAAGUGAGGUCUUUUUUCACGUCACAUUUAUGGUAUAUGUUAAUAAUUUAUUAAGAAAUUAAAUGUGUUUUUCUUUAAGGAUAUUUAUUGGGCUUUCAAAUAACACCAAUAUUAUUGGGGUACCAUGAUUGUGUCAGAAGAAAAUCUAUAAAGUUCGCGUCGCGGAAGGUGCGGUUUAUUUGAUGUUGAGUGUACUUUAUAACCGACAAUAUUCUUAGACGAGAAAGCUUGUAAGUAAUAGGGCAUAUUUUAUUGUUAAAUCAGUUAUUUUAAUUUCUUAGUAUCCAUUGCCUGCCUCGAAGUAAAUUACUGCCCAAGUAUAAUAGAUAUCUGACAAAAUUCAUGUGGAUGACCGUAAAAAAUAUGUGGCUUCGUGCUGCACUGAGCUUUACAGCUAACUAUCACGGCAUGCCGCAGUUAAAACAUGUUUCGAUUCGGAGUAAAUUGUGGAGGUGCUUGACCGACUCCGUCUGGCGCACUCAGCCAAGAAAUUCAUUCGGGCGUGGAUUAUUAUAAAUUUUAAUGAAAUAUAUUCGCGACAAUAAUCCAGUCGAACGUAACUUUGAAGGAAGAAACGUUAUUUUUAUGAUGCUGUAAUUUAAAUACCAGAAAUCAUUAUUUUCUACUUUUAAUGGUCUCUACCAUAAGGUCUCUACCAUAAUAUAUUUAUUUAUUUAUUUUUCGCGCCUUCGUCGUUAUAAUUAAUAAAAUAACAAUCAUAAUAAUUUAUUUAAGGUAUGCACUUUUGACUUAAGCA